AUUUAAAUAUCAAGAGUUGUUUAUUGAACAGAGAGAGCGAGAGAUAUUUUGAUAUCACUUGCGUUGAAUACUUCUCUCGAAAGAGUUGUUGAAUAUAAAAAGAGUUGCCAGAGAAUCAGCAAGUCGCCAUUGUUUCUUGUACAGGAUGCAUUUUAUAAACGCAGUACAGUUGAUACGAAUGGUGACGAGUCCCAGUAGCAAUUCGAUGUUAGGAGCAGAAAUUGAAUUCGGAUCGGCGAUGUUUUACGUUUACGUUGGCAUCUCGUGUUUGCUAGUCAUCUUUGCCGGCAUCAUGUCCGGCCUUACCUUAGGAUUGAUGUCUCUUGGUCUCGUCGAGCUCGAAAUCCUCCAGCGCAGCGGUACUCCGGUCGAGAAAAAACAAGCAGCUGUCAUAUUUCCAGUGGUUCAGAAACAACACCAACUACUUGUAACAUUGCUUUUAUGCAAUGCAGCUUCCAUGGAGGCCCUACCAAUAUACUUGGACAAGAUUUUCCAUCAAGUUGUUGCAAUCGUGCUUUCUGUAACUUUUGUCCUACUUUUUGGAGAGGUGAUUCCACAAGCAUUAUGUACCAGAUAUGGACUUGCUAUAGGUUCUAGCUUUAUCUGGCUUGUACGUAUUUUGAUGAUAAUUUGCUAUCCAAUUGCUUACCCUAUAAGCAAGAUUCUUGAUUUGGUAUUGGGACAUAAUGAUGCUUUAUUUAGAAGAGCUCAGUUGAAAGCUCUUGUUUCCAUCCAUGGCCUAGAGGCAGGUAAAGGAGGUGAACUGACUCAUGAUGAGACCACAAUUAUCAGUGGAGCACUUGAUUUAACUGAAAAGACUGCAGAGGAGGCAAUGACACCAAUCGAGUCAACUUUUUCAUUGGACGUUAAUUCAAAGUUAGAUUGGGAAGCAAUGGGAAAGAUUCUUGCAAGAGGUCAUAGCAGAGUUCCUGUUUACUCUGGAAAUCCAAGAAAUGUUAUUGGACUUCUAUUGGUGAAAAGUCUUCUUACUGUAAGAGCAGAAACCGAGACUCCAGUAAGUGCAGUUUCCAUUAGAAGAAUUCCAAGGGUUCCAGCUGACAUGCCACUGUAUGACAUACUAAAUGAGUUCCAAAAGGGAAGUAGUCAUAUGGCAGCUGUAGUCAAAACAAAAGGAAAAAGUCAAAGACCUCCUACACUUGAAGAAGAACCAAAAAAUAGUGAGAAUGUAGCAAUUGAUGUGGAACCACGAAUUUUUGCUAAGCUAGGGGAUGUUGGAACAAAUGGACUGUCUUAUUUAACUGAGGACAUUGAAGAAGGUGAAGUCAUUGGUAUAAUCACUUUAGAAGAUGUAUUUGAGGAACUUCUUCAGGAGGAGAUUGUAGAUGAGACCGAUGAAUAUAUUGAUGUGCAUAAAAGGAUACGUGUAGCAGCAGUUGCAGCUGCUACAUAUGUAGCCCGUGCUCCCUCAUUUCGGAGAUUAUCUUCUAAUACUGGAGCCCAAAAUAAGCAAGGGCAAACUCCAAAGAAGCCGGGUGAGGGUGAUUCAAAUUCAUUAAAGUUGCAAAGAGCUCUUGUUGAGCCUUUGCUUCGAAAAGAGACAUAAAAUGGUCAAAGCCUUGUAAAAGACAGUUUUUGUGUGCAGGAGGGAUAUAUAUAUAUAUAUAUAUAUAUAUAUAUAUAUAUAUAUAUAUAUAUAUAUAUAUAUAUAUAUAUAUAUAUAUAUAUAUAUAUAUGUGUGUGUGUGUGUGUGUGUGUAUUACAUUAUAAUGAGAAAAUAUUGUUAUCUCGUCUACUCUAAUAAAUGAAAAUCUUUUUGCCAA